CGGCAAUCCUGUAAUUUUCUCCAUAAGUCGUAUCGCUCUUCCUUUGUUUGGCGCGACAAGUUUUGCGCCUUCCCUUCCGUUAGACACGUCCAUGCGAAAACAAGAACGAGGAAAAGGGACACAAACGGAGGAAGAGACAGACGACUGACUCAACCAUGGCGACGGCAAUUGUAUCUUCUGUUCUGAUUCACAGAUUUUCUCCUUUCUUUCCUCCAGGUACACGCAGCGGAAGGCCUACAAGGCGCGCGGGGAAUUUACUUGACGCUUUUCUCUACAGAGAAGGCUUUCCAUGCAAGGGAAUUAGGUGGUGUCGCGAGAGGUCCAGGGUGGUUGCACAGAUGGUUGGGAGACCCACCAACAAGCAAGCCACUGUGGUACCUGAUCCAGACUAUCGCAUACCAGUCGUUUUGUUGGGUCUAGCAGGUGGCUUGAUAUAUCAAGAUAAUCUAUUAACAGCAGCUCCAGUUGGUCUUCUUGGAUUACUUCUAUUAUUUCAGACAACCAGGGUGAGGUUUGUGUUUGAUAAUGAGGCCUUGGAGGUCAAAGUAGGGGAUAAGCUUGAAGAAUCAGGCGAGAAUGUUUUUGUUGGUGGUAAAAACCGUUGGAAGUAUUCUACAUUUGUAAAUUGGGAGCUUUGGUGGCCUGACUUUCCAAUUCUGGUAUACUUUAAAGAGAAGCAAACAAAGCCAGAAGGACAAGUACACUUCUUCCCAGUUAUUUUUAAUGGACGGCAGCUGUAUGAUGUUAUGGUGGAGCGUGCUGGCCCGUCUAAAAAUAGUGGGCCCAAGGAAGUUUAGAACCGGUCAAUGUCCUAUAUUUACUACAAAUUUGCAUGCUUGGUUAAACGGAUACACGAUAAGCUUGCAAUAUAAAUUCAAAUUAUUCCGUUUUUUAUGGUUUCUAAACUUCAUUAAUUGUGCUUCUAAUGUUUAAUAUUGAUCUUAGAGGAUUCUUAUGCUAGUUGGACAUUUUUCUUGAAGAAUGGAAGGCAGCUGUAUGAUGUUAUGGUGGAGCAUGCUGGCCCGUCUAAAAAAAUGGGCCCAAGGAAAAUUAGAACCGGUCAAUGUCCUAUAUUUACUACAAAUUUGCAUGCUUGGUUAAAUGGAUACACGAUAAGCUUGCAAUAUAAAUUCAAAUUAUUCUGUCUUU